GGCGGGGGGGCAUCUAUAAUAAGAUUCUUGUACGUAUUCUGCAUCGGCUUCGUUCCCCGGUUCGUUUGAGGCCUCUCGCUGGAAUCAGCAUAAUUCUCCAGAAUAUAUUUACAGGAAAUUAAAGCGAUGGCUGCAGUUGUGGAGUUUGAGGAUCAGCAACUCGUGAACGACAUCUUAGAUCUAUCUAUUCAAGACCAGACUAACAUGAAGAGCAUAUCUGAGGAAAAGCACGAAGUUGAUUGCGAGAGUAACCAUCACGGUGUGUGUGCUAUCUGUUUGAAUAAGAUAGUGCUUCAAGAAACUGCUCUUGUUAAAGGUUGCGAGCAUGCCUACUGUGUGACAUGCAUCCUUCGGUGGGCAACCUACAAAAAGGAACCAACAUGCCCUCAGUGUAAACAUCCAUUUGAGUUUCUCCACGUCCAUCGCUCACUUGAUGGAAGCAUUCAGGAUUACAUGUUUGAGGAGAGUGUGUGCCUUCUCCUCAGAGCAUCAUGGUUCAAGCCCCUGAUUGUGGAGGAAAAAAAAGAAGUUGAUGAUAGCAUGGAUUAUCUUUAUGCAUAUGAGGAUGAAGAUGAAGAACUAGAAAACUUCUAUUUUACUAGUUCAUCCCAUCUCCGAAUAAGCAACCGGAGAUGGGGAGACAAUGGAUAUGUCAGGGCAGGAAGGCAAGAAGCAAUGCCUGUUCCUCGAGCAAAUUCCCAGUACGUAGGUGCUGGCUCGUCACGCAGGACUAAGAAGAAAGAGGCUGAUGCUGCUCCUAAAGAAGCUGUAGGCCGGCGUGCAAAGAGGGCACUCAAGCGCGAAGCUGCUGAUAAGGCGGCUGCUGAAAAGCACCAGCAGCAUUUGGUGAGGUUGGGCCGGACGUGAGUUCUGCUCCUCUCUCUAAACUAAAGAUCAUGACUUAAUGUAUCGCCACUGUAGUUUCUCGUUUCUCUCGACUCUCGACUGUAAGAUAAUGACACAGUUUAGAUGCUGCAUUGUCUAAAUGGGAUGAGCCAUGUUCGUGCCCUGUUAUAUCUUUCAGAGAUAUAAAUUUAUGACAAUGGGAAAGCAAGUUUCUUAUUUCCAUCAUUAAUGUAUAUUGUUAAGUGAUUUUUAAUGAUUUAGCUUGCAGAGUGAUUGUUUCCAAUCCAGUUGUUCUAUGGUCCUAACGUUGUGAUAGCAUACCUGGAGGAUUUCACAGAGUUGUAAUUUGUACUCUUGUUUGAUUUUUC